CAGAUAUACCUGGUUAUUUAAGUUAGGCAAACCAGUGACAGUUCUAGCUUGUCUUUCAAGUUUCCAUACAGGUUUCAACAUCUUAAAGGAAAUAAGUAAUAAUGUCUGCGAUUUGCAGGUUAGCAGGUAGACAAUUAUGCUCGAGGUUGGCUAACUCUGAGAGGAACAGCCUCUUGUUUGUCAGACCUGUAACCAUCCAGGCUCAACCCUACAAGGAGCCGCCAAAGCAAGGCCACGAUGAGAAGAACAUGCAAUUGGGCAGACCCUGCUCUCCCCAUUUGACUGUGUACCAAGUUCAAUUGACCAGCACCUUGUCAAUUUCCCAUCGUAUCACUGGAUGUAUGCUGUCUGGAUAUGCCAUGGCCUUUGGAUUUGGCGCUAUGUUACCCGGUGAUUUCACUACCUUCUUGGAUGGUCUUCAUCUUAACAGUGCCUGCAUCUUCUCCAUCAAAAUGAUGCUGGCUUUCCCAUUCUCAUACCACUUCCUUAAUGGUAUUCGCCACUUGUCUUGGGAUGCUGGCAAAUUCCUGACCAUCAAAGAGGUCUACACCACUGGUUACGUCAUGGUCGCUGCGGCUUUUGCUCUGACCGCCUGUUUGGCCGCACUUUAAACUGCUUAUGUAAAAGUAUUUAUUUACGAUGAUUAAAUUAUUAUUAUUAAAGAUUUAAAUAA